UUAUACAUAUAAUACAUUUUUUUGCAUUGAGUUUGGACAGUAACUCUCCGAGAAGAGUGAAAAUGCCAUCGCCUGCCACCAACUACUCCUAUAGACCGAGGGAACUCAUUGAUAUUGGCCGCCGUGUGGCCAACACUUUGAACGAUCCUUGGGGCGGCUUUGGAAUGUUAUCCUCUCGUCGUGAACUUCUUGAACGUUUGCAGAAUGCUGGCAUCUACAGGGCUAAUUGGGAGCCACCCUUGACGAAUGACGUCAAUAGGAAUUCAGUAGCAGUUAUUCAAAAUGUCAUUAACUACAAUCAGGAAGGACAACAAGAACAGCAACAACAGCGACAACAACAGAAACAACAGCAACAAGUGCAGCCGCAGUAUCCGGAGGACGUUAGGGAUCUCGAAGAAAUGGACUACAUAUGAGACUGACGAUGGCAGACAAUUUGAUUUUCAGGACUCGAUCUAGAAUCUUAUAACUUUAUCCACAUUGUUUUUUGUUAAAUUUUUUGUUUAUUUUCGUAGGUUUUUUUCUCUUUUGCAAAUUCAAUCGAAAUUGAAUAUUGUUUAAAUGUCUGAAAUUUUAUAGUGUAGCUAUAGCAUGUACGCAUUUAUUAUGAAAAAAUACAUAUGUAUCUAUCCCAUGCUGACACUAAA